UUGAAACCAAUUCCACGUCCACCGAAACAACACAACAGUGAGAAAAAAAAAAUACAAAUGAAAAAACAAAACAAAAAGCAGAGCGCAACAGCAGCGGCGGUGCGUUUGCGUCCGUACCGGGGGAGCCCGGAGAAAGGCGGGGCUGCGCGGCAUCAACCUACGUCACUAUGACGUCACCACCCCAUCCAUUGUUUGCUUCAGCACCACGGAUAGCACCCACGCCUCCCCAAACCCAAAUCGGCACUUUAUAGCCCCGUGAUUACUUUAGGAGAGGUCUUCUAAAACAUCAUCAUGCACCACGUGAUCUGAGGGCGUCCUCCUCCAUGCUGCUGGCGUGCUGAAGGAUUCCACUGAGCGCCUCUUCCACUGGAAUCUCGGGAGCCUCAGCUAGGGUGUCCAACGUAGGGCCCGCGUCAUGUUGUGACCAAAUAUGCCUGGUUAGCACGCCAAAAAGUCAAUAACUUCAACAAAGCGCACCUUUAUGCGUUCACUCACAGCACAAAACCUUUGGUGGACAAAAUGAGACUAAGAAGGAGAGGAAGACAUGUAAACAAACGGUUGCGUCACAGUCCACACUAUGACGCACGUCAAGAUGAUUCCAGGCUCCUACGGUCACGAGAGGCCGCUGAUCAUCAGGAUCUCCUUCACCACCUGUGUCCUGGGUACCGUGUGCCUACCACUGCUGGGCCUUAUCACCUGUGUCCUCAUAUCCUCGGUGUUUCACUUUGACGACUCCACCGGCACACACUGCCACGUUCCUAACUACCUGCCGUCCAUCAGCGCCUCCAUCAAUCUGAGUCCCGAGUGCCACAUAUGGCGCUUCUGCAUCGGCCUGCACUCGGCGCCGAGGUUCCUGGUGGCGUUCACCUACUUCAAGUACUACAAGACACGCUUCGCCUCGAGGUUCCCCGAGAGCCUGCUCGCCUACUUGAGCCUGGCCUUCUCCAUUUUGGAAAACCUGGGCCUGCUGCUCCUCUCCUACGUGUCAUCCAGUGAGACGUACAUUGUCCACAAGGAAGGCUUCGUCCUCUUCAUUUUGAGCUCGCUGAUCUACAUGCUGAUAACUUGCCGCUUAUGGAAGGCCAUUAAAAAGUAUUCUUUAAACCCCGAGGAUAUUAAAUCUCAUCACUGGAAAGUACGUUUCUUACUGCUCAAUGUUUGCUUCUGCGCUUUUGCUGGGUUCUUUUACGCCAAACACAACUUGUACUGCGAGUCGGGGAGCUACACGUUCUUCGCCCUGUUUGAGUAUCUCAUUGUCUUCUCCAACAUGGCCUUCCACCUCACAGCGUUUUGGGACUUUAGGAGUCGCGAGGUGAUGGUCAUUUCGUCGUCGGAAGACAAAGAGUUCUGACCAGGGGCCUGGUGUCAGCGGCCUCCAUUUGGAGCAAGGCCUUUUUUCCACGUAUUUGCACAAUGACAUGUGCCGAUCCAAGCAUGGAUGUGAGAUGAGUGCGGAGCAGCAGAAGAUGAUAAGGUUUCAUGUCCCGCCUAAUUAAGUGCAUUAAGUGGCUUGUAAGUUUAUAUGUGGACCAACCUUACAGUGUUUCAACGUGAAAGCUCAACUUUUGUACAUUGUCAUACAGUGAGUUCUUUUAUCACGCUUGGCAUUAUCAGAGAGAAAACCACAUAAAAAAAUACAUAUUUAUUGCAGACGAAAGAGUUUUGUAAUCUUUUGCAAACUUGUUUAAAUGGAUUAACAAUGGUCACAUGACGGCUGUGCAAUGUAAUGUGACCGUAUUUGUAUUUC